AUGAUUCAGAGACAUUUCGAGUUUCGAGCAUGGGUCAAGGUGGGCAGAAAAUGUGAAUCCAAUGAAACAUUACGAUGCAUUCUGGCUCAACUGGAUCCCAACACUCGCGACCAAAUGCUUACCAAAAGAGACGAUGAUGAUGAUCUCGAGAAAGUAGUUGGACUCUUGAAAGAAAGAUUGAAGGAUAAGAAAUGUCUCAUUAUGUCGGACGAUGUAUGUGAAUGGGAUACAAGAGUAAUGGAUAAUUUGCGAAUAGAGAAUGUCCAAAUCUUGCUUACUAGCAGGAUAGGAAUGGUAGAAUCUCCAAUUCAACAAUUACGUUUGUUGAACAAAAAUGAUAGUGUGAAAUUACUCGGCAAGAAGGUGUUUGUUGAAGAGGGCUUCCCUCCUCACCUUGAUGAACUUGGAAAGAAGAUUGCCUACCCACUUAUGAUAGUCACAGUUGCAGAGUUCCUGUCCAAAGAGGAAAAGACCAUAAGUUACUGGACCGAGAUAGCUCAAAAACAACAUAACUCAGUGUUCGUGGAUGCAUAUAAUAAAAUAUUGGAGGGUGUCAAUGGGAACACAUGAAUGAUAUUGGUCCUUUUUUUACCAACUCUCAAGGAACUUAAUUUAC